ACAGCCGACGCCUGCGGUUCGUUUUUUGUUAGUUGCCUGUCUUGUCUUCCCCGUGUUGAACCGCAUAAUUUACAGAGCAUACUAGUGCCCAAUAAUGGCGGCCAGUAAUGGUAAUUCCAAAAUGAGUCAACAAGGACCUGCCUUCGACUCCAAUGCGAUGACGCUGACCCGCUUCGUGCUCCAGGAGCAGCGGAAGUUCAAGAACGCCACCGGAGACUUGUCGCAGCUCCUCAAUUGCAUCCAAACGGCCAUCAAGGCAACUGCAUCGGCGGUAAGGAAAGCCGGAAUUGCCAAGCUCCAUGGCAUAGCCGGUGACGUUAACGUCCAGGGUGAGGAAGUGAAGAAGCUGGAUGUUUUGUCCAAUGAGUUGUUUAUCAACAUGCUUAAAUCUUCUUACACAACAUGUUUGAUGGUUUCCGAGGAGAACGAGAAUGUGAUUGAGGUGGAGGUGGAUAAGCAGGGUAAAUACAGUUGCUUUGAUCCGCUGGACGGAUCCUCGAAUAUAGACUGCCUCGUGUCCAUUGGUUCAAUCUUCGCCAUUUACCGCAAGAAGAGCGAUGGUCCACCUACAGUUGAGGAUGCCCUGCAGCCGGGCAAUCAGCUGGUGGCCGCUGGAUACGCACUAUACGGCUCUGCCACGGCCAUUGUUCUUGGCCUUGGCUCUGGAGUUAAUUGCUUUACCUAUGACCCCAUCGGUGAGUUCAUCCUGACCGAUCCCAACAUGCGGGUGCCAGAGAAGGGCAAGAUCUACUCCAUCAACGAGGGAUACGCGAGCGACUGGGAGGCGGGUGUCUUAAAUUAUAUUUCUGCCAAGAAGGAUCCCACCAAGGGUAAGCCAUAUGGUGCCCGUUACGUCGGUUCCAUGGUUGCUGAUGUUCACCGCACCAUAAAAUACGGAGGAAUCUUCAUCUACCCAGCUACCAAGUCGGCUCCCAACGGCAAGCUGCGCCUCCUCUACGAAUGCAACCCCAUGGCCUAUCUGAUGAUCCAGGCCGGUGGACUGGCCAGCGAUGGAAAGAUUAGCAUUCUGGACAUUGUUCCCAAGAAGAUCCACGAACGCAGUCCCAUUUUCCUGGGUUCCAAGUCUGAUGUCGAAGAAGCACUUAGUUAUCUGAAGUGAUUUUUAUAGUUAACGAAUAAAGAAAAUUUUAAAUAUAA